CGUUUAUAUAGCGUGUAUAUCUUUAACGUCCAUGUACAUGUACAUUUUUAUAUCAAUGGUAAGUGACUUUAUAGGGAGAGACUACUCAUGCUGGUGAAGGAUUAUUGAAAGAUAUCGAAUUUUGUGAAAUUUCAAAACUUACAAGAACAGUGGUGCAGAAUUGCCCAAAAGAUAUUGCUGGAGUAAUGGAAGCUUCAAACAGAAAGAACUGCUCAGACAUUAAAAGUACUUGUAUAGGGAGGUUAGAGUACCAUUGUGUUAUCAAUCCUUGGGGAAAUCUUACAGUGGAAGUAUGCGCACCAGCCACAAACAUUUCUAGAGGUUCUUGUACUGAGUACAAUGAGGGCGGGGGGAGAAUACAAGAGAAUUAUAUAAAAAUAUGUGAAACAUGCAGGAAAAAGUACUUGUCUACCGACUCAUAUAAAUAUCAAGAAUGCUAUCAAAAACAGAACACUGAGGACAAUAAUUUGCCUUAUCCACUAGAGAAUGGAGAAUUGUUUCAUAAUGCAACAAAAUUUGUAGAAAAAUCAAGAAAUAGAUCUCAACUAUUUCAUGUCCCAUCCACAAAUACUGGAUUUAAAGCCAACAUAUUUGGAGUGAUCCACCUACUCAUGAUACAAAUGCUGCUGAUAGUUUUGCUAUAAUAAAUAAAUGCAUCAUCA